AUGGAGAAGUCCAUGAGAUUGAUCAGGAUCCUGAAGGGAGGGGAGAAGGCCCUUAUGAGGUUGGGCUACAUUUCAUCUAUUCUUGCAGUGUUCAUUGGUCGGAAGCUCAUGGAUACCACCAAUAAAGUCAUGUCCCUCCAACUAAUAGGCUCCGUAAUCCCUCUCCUCAAGCCAUGUCAUCAGCUUAACUAG